GAUUUCAGGUGAAAGCAGUCGUUGAAGAUGUCUAGCAAAACAGCAAGCACCAACAACAUAGCCCAGGCCCGGAGAACGGUGCAGCAGCUGAGACUGGAAGCCUCCUUGGAAAGGAUCAAGGUCUCAAAGGCAUCAGCGGACCUCAUGUCCUACUGUGAGGAACACGCCCGGAGCGACCCUUUGCUGAUAGGGAUACCGACUUCAGAAAACCCCUUCAAGGAUAAAAAAACUUGCAUCAUCUUAUAGUGGGAAGCGCAACCAUUCCUCACCUCUUCUCAACGACGCAAUUAUGAGCAACUCCUUGAAGAGAUGCACCUUCAGCUUGUUUGGUAACCACUGCUAAUAACGAAAAUGCUGUCAACUGGGAGUAAUGGGCUCUGAGUCUUUAUUUUCCGAGUUGCCCUUUCUCUAAAAUACCCCUUACUGGUUUAAUAUGGAAUAACAAUCUUGUUUUCUAUGUGGUAACUAUGGUGUUAGUUGGGUUACUGUCUAAGGAAAGUUGGUCAGGGCCAUUUUAAAAACAAAAUUUUACCCUUUAAGUGUAUAGUUGAUUCAGCUUUAUCAAGACCUAGAUUGCUUAAGCACCCAUCAAAUUAAAAUGCCAAGAAUAACUUAAAUCCGAAAACCUUUAUCCUAUGCGCUGUGUAAAGCUUGUGCCAGCCUGCCUAGUAUACAAGGAGGAGGGGUAUUUGUGUAUCGUCUUUGUGUGUAACUUGUGGUAACUCCCCUCCCUCCAUUCUGUCAGUUUCUCAGUUCCAGAAGUCACGUUUUCAUCCUGCGCUCUCUGUAGGUCAAAUAAACGAUUCUUUUCUUGUGGCUAUACAGAAGUGAAGAGCACCCCCCAGACUGUGUUCAUUGGAACACAGCUGGCAACGCAGCCCUCUCUCCUUUCCCGAAAUCUGGCUGGACCUCUUAUGCUAGCAUAAAAACUGCGCCAAUUAAAGAUUGCCAAGUGAACGAAAAGCUCUUUGGUAAUACGGGGUAUCAGUUCACAAGGAGCCCUUAGGCUUCGACGAUCCUGAGUCUAGAAGAGGGAGGAGACCCUUGGGAGGGCCCGGGCAGCUGUGCUCCCAGGCUCAAGUUCUCUGCUGGAUUAGGAGGAGACACCUCUGAAAUUUCCGCCCUGCUGGUUGGAAUGAGUUGGAAGGAACAUGAGCCCAGCCAGAGAGGAGCAGGAAUGUUGGAAACCAGCUGCCCUUCUGGGCCCAGCUUUGCUAUGGCGCCCUCUUUCCUUACCUCUCCUGGCUGGCCCUGUGUUUUUUCUCUAGAUUCUAUCUGCAGUGGUAACGCUGCCCUCCCCAGCCCUAGGGGCGCAGAACAUGGUAGAAAAGAAACAUACAAAAUGUCAAGGUCACAAGACACUUGAGCUUUUUUCAGAUGCCUACAGUUUCAUCCCUACCUUGUCCAGAAACCAUCCUGGAGACCACGGGCCAUCCGGGAGAGGCUUGAGCUCCGUGGGGCCCUCCUUGGGGACACUCCCUGGGUCCAGAGGCCCCAGCAGCUGGGCACAGGCUCUUCGAGUGUCCUCUGAACAUAAACACAGCCCUCACCCCUCAGAAUUUCCCCAGGGUAUCCCAAAGGAGUCCCCUAUGGCCAAGAGGUGUCUUGAAAGAGAGGAUCCUUUUAAAAAUGCUCACUACAGGCCCAAACCAUAUAUCAGGCCCGUGGUAUUUCAGUUCAUCUUCAGUUCACUGAAAGCAGCUACCAAUGAAUGACUAAAAACUUACUCUGAAAAAGGCCUCAACCCCAAGAAGGAAUUAUUUACAACAGUUUCCCCAAAUAUUGUACAAUCUGCCCUGCGAAGCAAGCCCCUUGUAAACUCUAACAUGUGGAUGUUGAGUCUCACGCUC